CAGAGAGGAAGAGUAUAAAACGAAAUGUUACCCUGUUCUAGAAACUAAAGUGGGCUCAUCUCAGAAGAAAACAUUUCUUCGUUUAAAAGACUCCUGUAAAAAACAAGCCCGUUAUAACCUGUCAAGAAAUGUGUUCGGUGGAUGCUUAGCGCAGGUGCUGAGAAAUUUACAUCACUUCUGAUGAUCGAGUUGCCCAAUUAAUAUGAAGGGUGUCUUCAUUUUCAUUUUCCUCUUACAGCACGUUAUAUGCGGUGAGUUGAAAAUAGAAUGUGCGGCAACAAGUGAAAAAAACUUAGUAUGCAAAUUUCCAGACAACGUCAACUCAACUCAGAAAGAUUUUGGAGUCUACUUUUAUCCUCAUGAUGGUGGCGAAGAACCCCUGGUUGACUGUGGAUGGGUCAAGUCACAGCUUCACUGUAUCAGACAGGAGGGCUUUGAGUGUAAAAACCCGGUGAACAACACUGCUGUAAUCACCAUACCUACAGAGUUUUCAAACAGAAAUGGAAGUUACAAAUGUGUAACUGAUGGUUACAAACAUGACAGCAUCAGACCCUGUCAGCUCUCUAAGAAGCAAGAUAUGAGUCAUUUUGCACUUUGUGAUGCAAACGCAACUGUGGAGCAUACAGUGGUAAUAAAAUGCAGGUUUUCUUUCAACGUUUCCAAUUUUAGUAUUGUCAACAACAACAAAAACAACAACAUUGUGCACAACUUCUCAAAAACAUUUUGUGAAACUUCAAACAAGUGUAGCUAUAAGAUCGAGGACAGCGUUAACAUCUUUACUGUGGAAGUGGAGACUGAAAAUAAUCCUGGGUAUGACGAGUAUCGUUGUCUCCCGAAUGUUAUCUUUCCUCGACACGAGGUUAAGAGCUGCAGUGCGAAAAUGGAAACAGAGACACAAAGUUCAAGUGUACCUGUGAAUGUUACAAUAAUCUACAUCGUUGUCUCUGUAACAACUGGAAUGGUUUUAGUGAUUGUGAUAUUUUGGAUUGUUCGAGCAUCCUUCAAACGACGAAUGGAAGGAAAUCGGCAAAAUCGACACAAAGAAAACGAACUAAUUCUUAUGGGGACUGAUUAAUUCCAUCGAUGCGCUACAAAAUAACAGAGCAGCUCAAAAUCACUCCCUAGGGAGCGCCGAGUGCCCGCGAAACAAAUUUUGAUGGAUGUUUUUAAAAAUUUAUAUCUAUUAACCUGCAACAAAGACACCUAUCUGUGAUACACCGUUUAAAAGAACACUUUAAAAUUUCUGCGUUUUAUUUCUAAGAAUUAUAAGUUUUAGUAACCUACUACUACCAAUAUCUUUUUUGUUGGUCAAGUCUGGAAUAGUGAUCUCUUGGUACUAUAGCAAUGCAAACAUAUUUUGUUACUUAUAUGUAAGGUCAAAUGUAUCAGGGCUUCUGCUUAUGCAAAAAAUUGCGUACAGUACGCAAAGUUCGGAGGACCCCUUCAAUUUUCGUCAGUGGGGUCCCCUCCAAAGUUGGGUGAAGAACAGGGACCCCUUAAAAAUCUGAAGAAGGGGUCCCUGGGACCCCAAAGAAUUUAGCCUUAGCAGAAGCCCUGUGUAUGCAUAAUGCAGUGGUUCGAGGAAAGCUGAUAACGUUAGAUAAGUACAUCUGAAAUGAUUUAUAAGAAAAAACUUUAAAAAGAAAAGUUUACCUGCAAAUAUAGGACGUCUGUGAUAGCUUUACAAAAAGCAAUAAAACUGACAUGUCAAAAGAGAAAUAUAUUUAAUGUCCUCAGGUAGAACGAGUUCACUUAUCGCGUAGAUAUGCAAUAAUAUGGUAAUGAAUAUCUGUAACUUACAUUUACGACGUGGUGGACGCGAGUGGGAUAUGCUUUAUGUAUCCAUGUUAUUUGAUAAUGUUUUAGUUCACCAUUUUUAAACUCGAUCACUAGCAAUGGCUUUGGGUGAAGCGACAAUACCUUUGAUAGAUGAUGACUACAUGUGGGGAACGAUAAUCAAGCUCAAGUAUUGUAGGUGUUUCUUAAUGUUCUGUUCUGCAUGUACGUGUGCAUGGUGUGUGUGUAUAGGGGUUGUGCGCAUAUGUAAAUAAAUUUAUGAUACAUGUAUAAAUAAUUUUUUCUACAUGUACAUAUCUGUCUUAA